ACCCGUAUUAAUGAAAUCAAGAACCUUCUCUUGCCGUAUUUGGUGCCGAAUUCAAUAACACAGACACUAGAUGAAAAUUAACAAGGAAUAAGACAGCUCAAAUCUGGCACCAAACGUCACAGUAUAAUCAUUCAAGGUGUCGACAUUGCAAGCUUUAGAACAAAAACAUGAAAAUGAAAGCUUCCUCUCUCUCUUACCAAAACAUUCAAAUGAUCCAAAUUUAAAUACGGGCAUAACAGAGCAUUCUGACACUUGCCCGUGAAUCCACUCACGGAAAGAUCUCUAUUUCUCUAUUCUCUCACCCCUCAAAGUGGCAGAAACGUACUCCAAACCCACCUCCCACUUGUCUACCCCUGCUUUCUGCUCUACUCGCUUCUGUCUGUGCCAUGGUUUUUCUCUUUCUAAAUGGACGGCCCUGAUUAACUCGGUAUUUCAGGCUCUUUCAUGAUUAAUCUCUGUAACUAAUCCAAGCUUCCUUUUAUCUUCUUCUUCUUCACUUACCAGCUGAACUGCCCUUACAAUUCCUUAGUGAAAAAUAAGAAAUGGGUGCUUUUAAUUUCUUUGUUUCUUUGCUUGUUAUGUUGGUUGUUGUUACAAGACUUUUACCCGGAGCAGAGUCCAAGACGUAUUGGGAAGAUAUACAGGCGUUGGAACAACUGAAAAAUGGAGUCGACCGUAACUCGGUGAAUCCUGGUUCUUGCUUGAGUUCGUGGGACUUUACAGCAGACCCAUGCGACAGCCUCUUCAGUGAACGUUUCACCUGUGGUUUCAGGUGCGACCUUACGGUUUCUGGGUUAAGCCGAGUUACGGAAGUUAGUCUUGACUCAGCUGGGUACGCUGGUUCUCUCUCUUCCGCUUCCUGGAACCUCCCUUACUUACAAAUUCUUGACCUGUCAAACAAUUUCUUCUCCGGGUGGAUUCCAGGGUCACUCUCCAACCUGACUCGGUUAACUCGACUCGGUCUUUCGAGGAACACAUUAUCCGGUGAGAUACCUGCUUCGAUUGGGGAGUUGUCGAGCCUCGAAGAACUGUACCUCGAUAACAACAACCUUCAAGGACCUAUUCCUACGACUUUCAAUGGUCUUGUUAGCCUGAAGAGGCUCGAAAUUCAAACAAACAACCUCUCUGGUGAGUUGCCCGAGCUGGGUUCACUCAAGAACCUUUAUUUUCUUGAUGCAAGCAACAAUGCCAUUUCUGGGUAUCUCCCUACGACGUUCCCUCCUUCACUGGUCCAAAUCUCCAUGAGAAACAACAAGAUUGAAGGCACCAUCCCUCAAAGUCUCAAAUAUCUGAGCUUUUUGCAAGUAUUGGACCUGAGUCACAACGAACUCACCGAUUCAGUCCCUUAUUUCGUUUUUAACCACCAAUCUCUCCAACAACUCACUCUCGCAUUCAACUCCUUUACGUCUGUACAAUCUCCUCCUAAUCUAGGCACCCAAAGUGAGCUCAUUGCUGUUGAUUUGAGCAACAACGAGCUCCAAGGCUGGUUACCUCCCUUCUUGCCACUAUUGCCAAAGCUGUCAGCUUUAUCCCUGGAAAACAAUAAGUUCUCGGGCAUGAUCCCAGCCCCGUACGCAUUGAAAACGAUCCUGCCUGGAUCCGGAAUUGCCCCUUUUGCAAGGCUUUUGCUUGGAGGGAACUACUUGUUCGGACCAAUUCCGGGGCCCUUGCUGUCUCUCAAACCAGAUACUGCAAAUGUCAGUCUUGCUGACAACUGCUUGAUAAGGUGUCCACUGCGUUUCUUUUUCUGCCAAGGUGCUGACCAGAAAUCUUCAAUGGAAUGUAAGAGAUUUAGCCCUGUAAUCCCUUGAAUUACUAUGCAAUUAUUUACAGCAAUGUUUUUUAGUAGAAUACAUUCUCCCUCAUUUUGUUCCUUUUGGGUUA